AUGAAGCUGACAACCUUCCUAUUCUUCCUCGGGUGUGCCUUCGCAUUGCCAACUACGAAUAUCGAUCCCAUACCCAGACCAACCAUCACCAACUUCACCUACUUCGGAGCGGGAUGCCCUUCCGGUACCGUGUCUACCGCACUAUAUGCCAUAAAUAGCACGACGGGUUCGUACCAAGUAUAUACCUAUCUAGACUCGUUCACGCCAUGGGCUGGUCCUCAUUUUGCAAUCAAGGACUCGAGAAAGAUCUGUACUGUAAAUCUAGAAGUCGGAAUUGCCCAAGGUUGGAAAGUCAGGACGAAUAAUGGGGGAAGUGAUGUUAAAGGGUAUCUGAUGCUGCUGGAUGAAAAGGUGACUGGGACAUGGAGGGCGAAUUAUUCAUUCGCUUCUGCGACGACGGGUUCUAUAAGUUCGAUCGCCGCUGUUUCGUUCGCGGGCCCGUUCGUUGGUAUCUUCAUUAAACAUGCAGAUGCGGAAGGUCAGGGGGUUGUGAGUCCUUGUGGCGGAGGGACGCUGAAUGUCGAGCACCAGGUUCGGUUGAGCUCCGCAGGUUCAACUUAUUCGGGGUACAUAGGGCCGGAUCCGGGGCCGGACGAGUUGAAGUGGACUGUUGUUAGUGGCGUGGAGGUUCUGAGAUGUUGAUUUGUAGCGGAGAAAUGAAG